CCCACCACUCUCUUCACUUCAUUCUUACAGCUUCAAGACAUCUUGAACAAACAACACAACAAAUUGUCCAAAAAUUGUGCAAAAAUCAUCAAGAUUUUGCUACCAAUUUGAGCUAAAUCCACUCAUAACACACCCAAAAAAGAAAUCCCAUCAAAAAUCUCAAAAUGGGUCUAACAAUUGUUUCUCCAUCAAGCUCAGAACCUCAUUUCAAGACCAAAAAACUGUUUCUUUUCAGCAAUUACAUGCUCUUAGCAUCAGCUUCAAGCUGCAUUUUCCUUACCCUCUCCCUCCGUCUUAUCCCAUCGCUUUGCGGCUUCUUCUUCAUCAUCCUCCACCUCCUCACCAUCCUAGGGGCCUUAGCCGGGUGCCACGCCGCUAGCACGGGUGGCACCCGAUGGUAUGGGGCACAUAUGGCCGCUACAGUCCUUACAGCCAUCUUCCAAGGUUCGAUCUCGGUCCUGAUUUUCACAAGGAGUGAUGAUUUCUUAGCAAGUCUUAAAUCAUAUGUGGAAGAAAGUAGUGGUGUAAUGAUCUUGAAAUUGGCUGGUGGACUUUGUGUAGUGAUGUUUGUAUUGGAGUGGGUGGUUUUAACUGUUGCAUUCUUCUUGAAGUAUUAUACUGUUGUUGAAGGUUCAGGAAAUCAUGUUACUUUAGGUGGUAUGAAGAAAAGUAGUGCUAAAGUUGGAUCAACUGAUGAAGAAUUGGGGUAUUUACCUUACCCUUCUGCUUCUCUUCAUUAGAAUUUUGACAAGAUAAAAGGGGCAUUGUUGUUAGAUGCCACAUUAUAUUGGUUGUUUUAGUUUCAUUCUUUGAAUUUAUAUUAUGUAGUUGGUAUUGAAAUGUUUGUAAUUUUGAUGUUGUUUUGGUCUUACUAUUAUAGAUUGUGUAAGAUUCUUUACUACUAUAUCUAUAUGAGCAAAUUGAGUUUGCAUAUUCUUUUAUCA